CUGCGCAGCCGGGUGUCAUGGAGGCCCCGGUGGUGACUCGGAGUGCUUCGCGGCGGCAGGGACGGCAGCUGGGGGGCCUGGCUACCGCGGAGGCCGGGAUGCUCGCGGAGUCAGAGCGGCGGCGGCGGCCGGGGAGGAGAAUCGAAGAGGACGAAGAAGAAGCAGUCUUUCGAGAAGUGGUCAGUUUUACCCCGGAUCCUUUGCCAGUUAGAUACUAUGACGUGGACACCACCGAACCUAUCAGCUUUUACUUCUCUUCGCUGGAGGAGCUCUUGGCGUGGACACCCCACAUGGAGGAUGGCUUUAAUGUGGCCCUGGAGCCCUUGGGGUGCCGCCAGCCCCCUCUGAGCAGCCAGAGACCCCGCACAUUGUUGUGCCAUGACAUGAUGGGCGGGUACCUGGACGACAGGUUUAUCCAGGGCUCAGCGUCACAGAAACCCUACUCCUUCUAUCAUUGGCAGUACAUCGACAUCUUUGUGUACUUCAGCCACCGCACAGUCACCAUCCCCCCAGUAGGCUGGACCAAUGCUGCCCACCGGCAUGGGGUCUGUGUGCUGGGGACUUUCAUCACGGAGUGGACCGAAGGCGGGAAGCUCUGUGAAGCCUUCCUGGCAGGGGACGAGCUCUCAUAUCGGGCGGUGGCCGACCAGCUUGUCCGGAUCGCUCAGUAUUUUCGUUUCGAUGGUUGGCUGAUAAACAUCGAGAAUUCCUUGAGCCUGGCGGCUGUGAGGAGCGUGCCUUUCUUCCUCCGGUACCUGACCACUCAGCUGCAUCAGGAGGUCCCAGGGGGCCUGGUGCUCUGGUAUGACAGUGUGGUGCAGAGCGGGCAGCUCAGAUGGCAAGAUGAGCUCAACAUACACAACAGGGUCUUCUUUGAUUCCUGCGACGGCUUUUUCACCAACUAUAACUGGCGCGAGGAGCACCUGGUGCGGAUGGUGGGGCAGGCUGGGGAGCGCCGGGCAGACGUGUACGUGGGUGUGGAUGUGUUUGCUCGCGGGCGCGUGGUCGGAGGCCAGUUCAACACAAACAAGUCAUUGGAGCUGAUCCGAAAGCAUGGCUUCUCUGCGGCUCUGUUUGCUCCGGGCUGGGUGUAUGAGUGUUUGGACAAGAGGGAGUUCUUCCAGAACCAGGACAAGUUCUGGAGUCUGCUGGAACGCCACCUGCCUACACACAGCAUCUGCUCCUUGCCUUUUGUCACGUCUUUCUCCCUGGGCAUGGGGACACGAAGAGUGUGCUAUGGCCAGGAGGAGGCCGUGGGGCCCUGGUACCACCAGAGUGCCCAGGACAUCCAGCCUUUGUUUGGAGAGCACAGGCUGGGAGGGGACAGCGGCGGCUGGGUGAAGACACGCUGCUGCCUGGUGGACGCCUGGCACGGGGGCAGCUCCCUGCUCCUCCAGGGCACGAUCCCACCCGAGAUUGGGAAUGUGGCUGUGAGGUUAUUCUCCCUGCAGGUACUGAUACCCCCCAAAAUCUUCCUGUCCAUGGUGUAUAAACUUGAAGGGCCCACGGAUGUCAGGGUUGCCUUGGAGCUGACCACAGGGGAUGCCAGCAGUUGUCACGUCAGUGGCAUCUCAGUGCUGAAUGAAACAAGUUCAAGGCACAGCCCCCGACCCCUCCAGGUGCCCCCCACCAAGCUGGCCAGAUGGGCGGGCCGCUGUGGUCAGCAGCUCAGUGGGGGCUGGGUCCAGCGCUGCUACGAGGUGAGCCUGCGUGGGUGCCUCCUCCUGGACCUUUUUGUGAACUUCUCACGGCCGCCGGGCAGCCAGAGGCAAGAGAGCUUCAUCUGUCGCCUUGGAGAGAUCCAGGUGGUGGAUGCCAACAGCCUACUGGCCCCUCUGCCCCAGGUACAGGCUGUCACCGUCAUACACAUCCGCUGGCGGCAGGCUACUCCUGCCCAGCUCCAGCUCAGCUGUACCCUGCACUGGUCCUACCUCCUCUCCCAAGUCUGCUGUUUCCGUGUCCACCACCGGGCAGGGGUUAGAGGGAACACUCAUGGCAGGGAGCUGCCAGGACCAGAGAAGCCCACUUUCUUGGGCCUGGCCUUUGCCAACCAGUACCGGAUAGUGGACCUGCUAGUGGAGGCUCCUGGGCUGGGCCAGGAUGGUCGUGUGGAGUUCCUGGUGGAGCCUGUCCCCAGGGAGGGGUUCCUGGUACCACAGGCUGAAUGGGGUAGGGCGACCCUGCUCUACGCUGCCCCCGUGUGAGCCACUGUCCUAGCUGCCUGCCGAGGUUCAUUUCUGCCCAGCUCUCUGCUGUGGGCCUGUGUCCUACCACGUGCAGGCAGUGGUGGCCAGAUCUAGGUCCCAAAGACUGGGUUGGAAGACCCUCGCUCCCUAGAAGCCUGGGUCCCUGUCUACGGCUCUUUGGUGGGGUGUUGGAAACAGAAAAGCUGAGA